CUUCAGCUGGGGUUCUUCAGCCUGCCUGAGGCAGAGGGGGAAGGCUGGCCUGGCUCCACUCUGGGCCUGGGGCCUGGCUGGGGGUAUCUCCCGCGUCCCGCUGGCUGGGAGGAGAUGCAGGAGCUCAUUGCUGGGGUGGAGAAGCUCAUGUUUGAUUUAGAGCGGGAUGUGGAGCACCAGCGAGGGGCCCUGCUCCUGCCCUUCCCAGGCAUGGACAAGUCGGGGGCGUCCGUGUGUGAGUUCUUCCUCCGAGGACUGUGUGCAAAGGGCCUGAUGUGUCCUUUCCGGCACAUCAGCGGGGAGAAGACGGUGGUGUGUAAGCACUGGCUGCGGGGGCUGUGCAAGAGGGGAGACCUGUGUGAGUUCUUGCACGAGUACGACAUGAGCAAGAUGCCGGAGUGUUAUUUCUACUCCAAGUUCGGCGAGUGCAGCAAUAGAGAGUGCCCCUUCCUGCACAUUGAUCCAGCGUCCAGAAUUAAAGACUGUCCCUGGUACGACAGAGGGUUCUGCAAACAGGGUCCUCUGUGUAAAUACAAACACACCAGGAGGGUGAUGUGUGUCAACUACUUAGCUGGCUUCUGCCCCGAAGGACCCAAAUGCAAAUUCAUGCACCCCAAGGCAGACCUGAUGCAGUGUAACUCGGAUCUCUCCCAGGGGCUGCCACCGCCAUCCCGGGCUGUUGAUGGCAAGAGUGUUCACGAGCAGCAGGCCCCGGAAGUCCUGUUGCUUUCUCAUCAGCCGGGGGCUAGGGCUGCCCAGUGCCAGAGGAAGAAGGCACAGGAGGCUGGUGGCUACCCCUAUGGACUGCUCCGGCCCCUUGGGCAGGUCACAUGCUUCAAGUGUGGAGAAAAGGGUCACUAUGCCAACAAAUGCAGCAAGAGUCGGCUGGGAAUCCAACUGGGGAAAUGAUUUGCGAGAGUCUCAGGAAGAAAAUCCAGAGGAAGAAGCUGUGUUGUGAUAUAGUAUCAACAGGAGGCCAAUCAGGGCAGUUUUCUUUGAAUGUAGAGCCCAGUCAGAGCCGUCCUGCUCCAUGCAGUUUUUUUACAGCUCUGCUAAGAGAAGAGGAAGGGGGAAAUGCAGUUGCUCUAAUGUAACGGUAAAUUGGAUGUUUAUUUUCUGACCCCAUGCUGCUGGGUUGGCAGGCGGCUCAGAUCUCAGACUGGUGUGUCAGACACUGAUAAUCAUGCUAAUGCUAAAACACGGUUUUUAAAAGGCACAGUAGAACAGUCGGUCUGGAUUCCGGUUAAUAUUCAGGAGACUGGUGUGUGGAGGGAUAAGAAACUGUUUCAAUAGGAGUGAAGUUGAAAGAGUAGCUAGUGGCUUCUAAACUACAGUUCAUCGCACUUAGCAGGAUGCCCUGUAUUCAAGGCAAAAUCAAAGUUAUUCCCUCUCCAGCUACCUGAGACGGUCUCCCUUGAAAAUCUCAUGCAACUUUCUGUCAAAGGCUUUUCUAAGAAAUUGAGAAAGAAGCUGACUUUGCCAGAGUUUGGAGUGGCUAGAGUACAGGCUGGGUACCAGAACUGGGUUUCAUCACGGACUCCGACUUGACGUGUGACCUUGGGCAAGUCACUUAAUAGCUGUGCGCCUCAGUUUCCCCAUCUGUAAAAUGGG